UUAUAAUGGAAUGAUGACUGGCUGACAGCAUUAUAUACCUUAUCAAACUAUAUGAAACUGAUGUCUAUAUUUUCUGUGUUGUUAGAUUUUUUAUUUGUAAUGUGUGUUCAGUCCCCUAAAUCAGCUUUAAAUCAACUUUUCUAAAAUUCACUGGAGAUUGCGUCAAUAGAGGGAGCAUGAGUGCUUUUUAAAUGGGUGGAGUUUAAGGUAAAACCAGGUAGCCAAAAAUGAAAGUAAAAGAGGAGGAAAAGAAGGGAUGCCAUUUCGAGGCUUUAAACCUGUUAAGAUUUGGUAAUUAAACAGUCAGAUAUUUUGUGAAAAUGUCUGAAAUCAAUCUCUCAACACUCUUUAUGUCAAACGAGUGUAGGAAAACACUAAAAUAAGUCUCCGUAAUGACAGAGAAGACGAUCUCUCUGAAAUGAGCUCUACAUCUCAUGGAUUGAGCUGUGUGUCUAUGAAUCUACCCCCUGGAUCCAGUGACGCAACAAUGACAUCUGACCCCAGACAGGACAAAACUGAAGCAGUCCAGCAGGCACACACACUGGAGACUGGAGACCUGCAGAAAGUCAAAGACCAGCACAAAACAAGCAUGAAGAAGAAGUAUGAAAGAUUAUUUGAGGGAAUCAAACUCAAAGAGAAUGAAACCCACCUGAACAGGACCUACAUACAGCUCUACGUCACAGAGGGAGAGAAACAUGAAGUUUUACAGAUUGAGAAAACAGCCAGAACACAACACUCACAAGACACUCCAAUCAACUGCAAUGACAUCUUUAAAGCCUCACCUGAACCAGGAUGUAAGGAGAAAGACCAAAUCAAGACUGUUCUUACUAAAGGCAUUGCUGGAAUCGGAAAAACUGUCUCUGUGCAGAAGUUCAUUCUGGACUGGGCCGAGGGAAAAGCCAAUCAGGAUGUAGAUUUCAUGUUUGUGCUUCCAUUUCGAGAGCUGAACUUGAUCAGAGAUAAUCAGUACAAUCUUCACAGACUUCUGUUGGACUUUCAUCCUGAACUUCAAGAUCUGGACUCAAAGAUUUAUGAGGAGUGUAAAGUUGUGUUCAUCUUUGAUGGUCUGGAUGAAAGCAGAAUCACACUGAAGUUUUCAGAUGCUCAGAAAGUUUCUGAUGUGAGUGAGACUUCAUCAGUGGGUGUGUUGAUGUCGAACCUCAUGAAAGGAGAGCUGCUUCCCUCUGCUGUCAUCUGGAUCACCUCCAGACCAGCAGCAGCCAAUCAGAUCCCCAUCAAAUACAUUAACCGUCUUACAGAAAUUUGGGGAUUUAAUGAGCCUCAGAAGGAGGAAUAUUUCAGGAAGAGAAUCAGUGAUGAGAAUCAAGCCAGAACAAUCAUCUCACACAUCAGAAGAGCAAGAAGCUUCCAUGUCAUGUGCCACAUACCUGUCUUCUGCUGGAUCUCAGUCACUGUGCUUCAAAAGCUCCUGAAAGAAGAUCUGAGUGCAGAAAUCCCUCAAACUCUUACUGAAAUGUACAUAAACUUCCUGUUGAUUCAGUUCAACAUGAGGAAUCAAAAGUAUGAAGAGACAGAUCCAGAGAAACUCCUGCAAUGCAACAGAGAUGUGAUUGUGAAACUUGCUGAAGUGGCUUUCAAACAGCUUAUGAAGGGCAAUGUGGUGUUCUAUGAGGAAGACCUGAGAGAGAGCAGCAUAGAUGCCACUGACGCCUCAGCAUAUUCUGGGAUUUGCACAGAGAUCUUUAAGGAGGAAUCUGUGAUUAAUCAGAAGAAAGUCUAUUCAUUUAUUCAUUCAAGCGUUCAGGAGUUUCUCGCUGCUUUCUAUGUGUUUUACUACCACAUAAAUACAACUAUGAAGGAAUUGAGUAAUUUUGCUUCAGUUCAAAGUUUGCUUAAAGUUGCGGUAGAUAAAGCCCUUCAGAGUGAAAAUGGACAGCUGGAUCUGUUCCUGCGGUUCCUGCUUGGUGUCUCUCUGGAGUCCAGUCAAAGACUCUUACAAGAUCUACUGACACACACAGAGAACAGCCAAGAGAGCAUCAGGAGAACCACUCAAUAUGUUAAAGAGAAGAUCACAGAUGGACAUGGAGUCUCCACUGAAAGAUCCAUCAAUCUGUUUCUCUGUCUGCUGGAAGUCAAAGAUCAGACUCUCUCCAGAGAGAUUCAGAAGUUUGUGAAAUCAGACAAACACUCAGUGAAGAAAAUCUGUCCUGCUCACUGCUCAACAAUCACCAACAUGCUUCAGAUAUUAGAGGAGGUGCUGGAUGAGCUGGACCUCAAGAAAUACAACACUUCAGAUGAGGGUAGAAGAAGACUGAUACCAGCUGUGAUCAACUGCAGGAAAGCUCUACUUGCUGGCUGUAAUCUCACUGCUCAGCAUUGUAAAAUUGUGUCAUCAGCUCUUCAGUCCUCAACCUCUGUCCUGAGAGAGCUGGAUCUGAGUAACAAUGACCUGCAGGAUUCAGGAGUGCAGCUACUCUCUGAUGGACUGAAGAGUCCAAACUGUCAUCUGCAGAUACUGAGGUUGUCAGGCUGUAUGGUGACAGAGGAAGGCUGUGGUUAUGUGUGUUCAGCUCUAAGUUCAAACCCCUCACACUUGAGAGAGCUGGAUCUGAGCUACAAUCACCCAGGAGAUUCAGGAGUCAAGCUGCUCAACAACAAGCUGAAGGAUCCAAACUGCUCACUACAGAUACUCAAUUUAGACCAUGGAGGAAAUUUCAGGAUUACACCAGGAUUGAGAAAAUAUGCCUGUGAUCUCACACUGGAUCCAAACACAGCACACACUCAACUCAUUCUGUCUGAAGGGAACAGGAAGAUUACACAUGUGAAAGAGCAUCAGUUGUAUCCUGACCAUCCAGAGAGAUUUGAUCUCUGUGAGCAGGUUCUGUGUCAAGAGAGUCUGACUGGACGUUGUUACUGGGAGGUUAAAUGGACUGAAUGUGGUCAUGUCGCAGUUGCUUAUAAAGGAAUGAACAGGAAAGGUGGGAGUGACUGUAGGCUUGGACUCAAUAAAGAGUCCUGGAAUCUUUACUGUUGUGAUGAAGGUUAUUCUGCCUGGUACAAUAAUAAGAGCACAAAUAUUCCUCGCCCUUCAUCGUCUAAUAGAGUAGGAGUGUAUGUGGACGUGUCCACCGGCACUCUCUCCUUCUACAGCAUCUCUGACACACACACACUCACACACUUACACACAUUCAACACCACAUUCACUGAACCCCUCUGUGCUGGAUUUCUGGUUUAUCGUGAAUCUUGUGUGUCUCUGUGUCAGAUUUAACAACCUGCUGUGAUGAACCUCAGAAACAUCAGCAGAAGUCAAUUUCCAUGAAAAUGUUAUUGUGAUUAUACAUUCAAAUUGAGACCUUUUUUUGCAAUUACAAGUUAAAAUUAAAAACUGAUAAUCUUGCCAUAGAUCUAAUUGAUAAGAUUAUGUAUUGUUUCACUAAUAUGAAUAAAUUUCUGGACCUUU